GCCAAAGGAAGUGCUAGGGGAUCUUUCGGAAAUUACGAAAAUAUCCCUGAAGAUCAAUUUCGAAAGAAGAGCAAGCAAGAAAACUCCUUUUUUUUUUCUUCUCUCUCUCUAACUUCUUUCUCUUUAAUAAAUCAUCAUCAUUCACAUGACGCAAUAUGCACAAAUCUCCUCUCUCUCUCUCUCUUCUUGCGGCCGCCAUCUAUGCAGAAACACAACACAAUGCAUGAUUGUUGUGUCAGGAGAGAGAAGGUUCUUUCUCUUUCUCUUUAGCUUUUGGGGAUCUAUAUAACAGACAGUGUCUCACUUUGUUCUCUUUGUCCCUCUACCUUCUCUACACACACAAACUAGCGUCUCUCUUCUCUCUCUCAAUCUUUCUUCGUUAUCUCUGCUUCUCAACACUCCUUCCCAAAAGCAAGAAAGCAGAAAUGGAGAGGCUAAACUCGAAGCUGUUUGUUGAAAACUGUUACAUAAUGAAAGAGAACGAGAGACUAAGGAAGAAAGCUGAGCUUCUGAAUCAAGAGAACCAACAGCUUUUGUUUCAACUCAAACAGAAACUCUCCAAAACUAAGAACUCUAACAAUGGAUCAAACAAUGACAACAAAUCAAGCUCUGCUUCUGGACAAUCUUGAUUUAAAUCAAGAAUACGUUAGAGCAAGAGAUCUCGAAUCCGUACGUAGGAGAAGAUUAAAAGAAGACCCAACCUUUUGGAAGUAUUUUAUUUUGUUUGGUGUAUUAUAGGAAGAUAAGUAGUAUCGAGCACUGUAGUAGUUAUUAUGAAAAGAAGAUUCUGUUUUAUUACAAGAAGACAGUGUCUCUCUGUUAGUCUUCUCAGUCAUAUUUUUACUUUUGUUUCUAUUUUCUAUGUUAAUUAAAGAUCCUCUGGUGUGGGGUUGGGGACUUUAGGAUAUGGUUGAUUCUUGGACUAACAUUUUGUACCUUUGCUCCAUUUAUCAAAUAUUGUCAAGUGCAUAUCAAUCAACUAAUGUAUCGUAUAUAACAUGGGG